AUGUCUUCUCGUAGUGUUAUACGGGUUGCGGAGAGAGACCCGACAGGGCAAUACGUAAGGUACGAUGCGAUGCUAGGACAAGGGCUUUGGAAAAGAGUUUACAAGGGAUUUGAUGAGGUUAAUGGUAUGGAAAUUGCUUGGAGCGUGGUAGUUUUAAGUGAUAGAAUAGUAAACUCUGUUCCUAAUCUUUGGCAUUUGAUUGUAGAAGCUAAUUUGAUGAAAUUGUUAGAUCAUAAGAAUAUAGUGAAAUGUCAUCAUUUCUGGAUUGAUUAUUCAAAAAGAAACCUUCACAUGAUUACUGAGAUAUUUUCUUCAGAGACUCUGUUACACUACAUCGUUAGACAUGUUCCUGUAGAUGAUACAUCAACCAAGAAUUGGUGUAGACAGAUUUUACAGGGUUUGGAUUAUCUUCACACUCGUGAUCCACCCAUUGCUCAUCGUGAUGUUAAGUUAUUGAACAUCUUUGUUGAUGGAAACACUGGUAUUGUUAAACUUGGAGAUUUUGGUUUCGCUAGGUUUAUUGAACCAGGGACUAGUUUAAACAAUUGUGUUGGUUCACCAAUGUACAUGGCACCAGAAAUAUUUCAAGGAAAUUAUAAUCAUAUGGUUGACAUACAUGCUUUUGGGAUAUGCGUACUAUGGAUGGUCACUCGGGAAAAGCCUUAUUCAGAAUUCAUAAACAAUGAUGAGUUCUACAGAAAGAUUAAGGAGGGUGUAAAGCCUGUCUUGCUAAACAAUGUCACAGACCCUCAGAUUAAGCACUUUCUUGAUAGGUGUUUUGCUCCUGCAUCUACUAGAUCCCCUGCAAUUGACCUUCUGAAUGACCCGUUUCUGACUCAAAUCGAGUCAAGUCCGAGUCAAGUCGAGUCAAGUCUGAGUCAAGUCACGCGUGGUCAGGUGGAUAGAUUACUACAUGUUGUCAAGGAGAUUGGGCAUGGAAACAAGAUAUUCAGAUUACAAGGGAGCAUGAAGUGGAAUGUUAGUGGUGUAGUAGCAAUGAGCUUGAGUAUUAUUUGUAAUAAUAAUAAGAAGAAGAAGAAUGUUGAAGGUAUUAACUUUGAGUUCCCAGUUGAAGUUGAAACAGAUAGAAUUCAUCAGAAAAUAAAUCAGUUUCUGAUGGAUAACAUUGCUACACAACUCAAGUUAUCAAAAGAAGAUGUGAUAGUGGCUACUGAGAUUAUAAAGCAACUAAUAACAGAAAUACUGCCUCAACCUAUUAAGGAGAAGCCGACAAAUGAGAUAUUGAGUGAGCAAACGGGAGAUGAAUCUGGAUCUGAGGCUGAGAAUAACGGAAUGCUAAGUUGCUUAGGGAAACUGCUGUCAUCCGUUUGCAGCAACCCCCAAAUUUGA